UUUUUGCAGUGUAAAACCAUUAAAGGAGGAAUAUGCCUUACCUGAUUUACCUAGUUUUACAAAGAUCACAUUUUAUAUGUUGUGCGUCAAUGGAAGAAUAUAAUUAAGUUAGGAAAGAAGUAGGCCAUCAUAGACAAUCAUCUCUCUGAUUUUGGUUCUCGAGGUAAAAUUUUAAUUAACCACGCCCCAGCAAACUGAAUCCCAUCCUGCACGCAAUGCCUAGUACGUGCUGUCUAUAAGUGGCCCCUGCUUGAACUGGAUAACGGCAUUGACGAGCAAGAAGAGUCUCCGGUGAACCGACAACGUCUAAAACACACAACGAAGAAACUAUGGAAAGUGCAUUACAUCGUAAUACUUCAGUUGCCCAUACCACCUGCAAAUCUCCGUCCAUCGUUUCAAGGCCAACGGUCAUUCACAAAAGUGCAUAUGGAAGGGAGUUUGGAAUUUCAACUAAAGUCCAAGAUGGACCUAUUGCGAGCAUCCAUUCCACAACUUCAGCUUUCACCCCUUGUUAUCGUAAAGGCGGCUGCCCACAUACCUUAGCUGGUCAGUCUAGAUUAUCCAGCUUUGAUUUCCAAGACCUUCAGCAGCAACCGGCCGUUUUAUCAGGUCGGCUGACAUCAUAUCAAGUUGAACCACGUGAACCUGCGCAAAAACUACAAGAAAUGAGCCAGUUUAGUGCCUUGUAUCCUGGAUGUCAAGCAAAUGGAAAUCCUCGAUGUUGUUCUAUUCGGAAAGAUGGCUUUCCAGGUUUUUGCUGUCAGGAAAAUCAUGGCCGUGGACAGAGUGACGAGGAUUACCAAAUGGACUUUGGAAGAGGAAAACACAGAACGAUGCCUUAUGUGAGUCGCCCACAUCAGACGAUCCACAAACCAGUUUUUCACACUGGCCAACGAUUGGGGAUUCGCCCAUACUACCAGCCCCCUCACGGAGCUACUUCUGAAUAUUGUUAUGAACUUGAAGUGUCAUCAAGCUCUGACACUCAGGAAUCUUGUGACCUGAGAAGCCAAGAAAUACAAGUAGGCAAUGAUCUCCAAGAAAUAGGAGAACAAGAAGGAGAACAGCUGGAGAAGUCCAGUUAUGAAGAGGAGUCCCAAGAUGUCCAAUGUUGCACCCCCUUGAGCCGGGAUGAAACAUCGGGAAGUUUUGGUAAAGAAUAUGCAAGUGAAGGCCUGUCAUCGGUAAAUCACAACGAAACUCAACAUGAAAUCAAUGGAAUCUCUCAAAGAAAACAAAAUGAGUGGCAGUCAAGUAGAGAGCAUGGGCCAUCAAGUUGUCACAAUCUAUGUUGUCGUGCUCCAAUCUCCAGACCGCACCGUCAUGGAGAUAUGUCAAAAAACGCUGACUAUGUUAAGAGGGAAAUGAAUAAAAGAGCUGAACACAUGAGUAAGCACUGGACUCAGAAUCACCAAGGAGGGACGACGUGUUUAGUGUGCUUCAAGACAUUGAAGAGGUCCUAUUACAUGAAGAGCCACAUGCUAAUCCACACUGGUGAUAAACCGUACAAGUGUGCAUACUGCAGUAAAGCCUUCAAUCAGAUUGGAAACAGAAAUGCCCAUCAAAGAAUCCACACCGGCGAGAAACCCUACGCCUGCGAUUACUGUGGCAAGCGGUUUAUCUUCAAUUCCUCCAAGCACAACCAUAUGAAGGCUCAUGGUCAUACAAGCUUUUCAUUCCCAGAAGAUGACUUCUCGGAUGAUGAAUCAAGAAACUCCUAGAUUUUUUAUUCAUCAUCGUCAUCAUCAUUCUCGCCUCUUUAUAUUACAUUGUGUUUAAUGACGUCACAAGUGAACAAUGAAACCCCUGCGCAUGUGCGUCACGUAAUUGGAAACGUGAUCAAACAAUCCUGCUUGUUCAUGAAACGACACAUAAUAUUUUAACACACAAUGAAAUGAAUUGCCCGUUUUUAUUAUGACGUCAUAUAAAAGCAAUCUGUUUAACGCUGAGAAACAUGGUCGUAGGAGAGGGACAAAAUGACAGCAAAGGUUUUAGAACAGAAAAGCAAUACAAUAAUAAGAUUCAUUCAUUAAUCCCCGGGAGGUUUUUCAGAAUUAAUUUACGUGGUACAAAUUAUACAUAAUGCCGUAUUCAUUGCAGGAUAAACACCAGUUCAUAAAAUGUUCGAAAACUAGACAUAUCAUAGCUAUCAAUUCAGCUGCAGAGCAAAAGGAUUUCAAAYUGUUAUCGUUCUUCACCAUUCUGUCCUCUCAUAAACGAGCUAUGACGUCGUAGUGAAAUAGGGCAAUCAGAGAAAGCUUAAAAUCAUGAGAUACAACGGAAGGUGGACCUUAGUUAUUAAAUCUUUCAUAUACUCUUUUUGUAGUUUUUUAGAGAUUUUAUGCCUAGCAUUUUAGUGUACCUAUAUGUAAUGCGCAGUUGAUCAUAUUAACAUGUUAAAUUGCGCAAUACAAAUAAUAAACUAUUAUUAUUAU